AUGAGGAAUGUCGCUCAAGAACUUCUAAAGAAGCAGUUUUUGGAACUAACAAAAGAUGAUACAUCAGGCUUCUCAGUAGGUUUAGAUGAUGAUUCCAAUUUUUUAAAGUGGCGUAUAUGUUUUGAGGGACCACCAGAUACAUUAUAUGAGGGUGGAAUAUUUAAUGCUUUAUUAAUAUUUCCAAAAGACUUCCCAAAUAGCCCACCAAAAAUGCGUUUUGAACAAGAUAUGUGGCAUCCAAAUAUAUAUCCUGAUGGUCAAGUAUGUAUUUCUAUAUUACAUCCCCCUGGACAUGACCAAUACAAUGAACAAGAAAGUCCUGAUGAACGAUGGAGACCUGUAUUUGGUGUAGAGAGUAUUUUAGUAUCUGUUAUUUCAAUGUUGGGAGAACCAAAUUUAGACUCUCCUGCAAAUAUUGAUGCUGCCCUUCAAUAUAAGAAUAACCUUCCUGAAUAUAAAAGGAAGGUUCGAGCUUUAGUAAGACGUAGUGUAGAAGGCUAA